UUCUCUUCGUGUUGAAAAGAAAAAGAGGAAAGAUGAACGGUGUGAAAAAUUCGGCUGAAAAAACCAGACCAUUGUACUCCAACGAGCACGCGCAGACCGAAACUAUUGCGCGCGUUUUGUAUGUGGACGCGUGCCUAACCUUAUCGGCUGUUCUUGGAGGAUUGUUCAACUUUGUCAUGUGGAAAUUUGGGCAAAAUCAUCUGAAAGGGAAAAGAAUUGAUAUCUAGGCGUCGUGAAACUUCAAGGAGAGAUUAAACAAGUAUAAAUCCCACCAAUCUGGGAACUGCUCCGAAAAAGAAUCUCAGAGAAUCGAUGCUCCGACACGGUGGAGAAAAAGAAAUUUCUCGACGGGGAUUGUGAAUCGUCACAAAAUUUGAUCCUUUUGCCUCAUCCUUAGUAGUUCAAUAGACGGUUUGCGAUGAACACAUAUAGUGCUUCGAUCCCGAACGGGGAUCUUUUCAGAAACUUAGCAUUCCUAGAAAACCGAACGUCCGUCGACAUCAAGCAUCUACAGCUUUUCUCGAUUUACGAUGAAAACAAUGCUAUUCUCGGAGGCACUAAUAUGGUCGACCUCUACUGGAAUGGUACUCUCUGGUAUUACAAGGAUAUCUCGGACUUUUCUCGAAAGAAAGCCGCCAUAAAGCAACGGAUGGACAAUGGCGUUUGUGAUUCUGCUUAUCUGAACGAGAACACAUUUGUCAUUGCGGAGGACAGCGGUGCUGUACGGGUUUAUCAGGCAGUUGAAAUAGACGAGCAAUCUGAGUUACAGCUUCUCGGAUAUGUAUGUCAGCACGACGACAGCAUUCUGUCGGUAUCCGCGUUUUCCAAUCAGAGAAACAUUGUCACAGGAGGAAUGGAUUGUUGCUUAAAAAUGUGGGACGUAGAAGAUUUAAUCGCGACAUACUCGUAUAGCUUUGCGCAUCUAGACAUAAUCACUGGUACAGACGUGAAGCCUAUGUGCAGUUCUAUAUUUGUAUCUGUUUCUUUAGAUAGCGAAUCAUUACUAUGGGAUAUUAGACGAGCCAAACCGGCGAGUUGUAUCUUCAAGAAAGAUAAUUGCCCCUUAUCAGCAGUAUCUUGGAAUACUACUUUGGAAAAUAUCAUAGCAAUAGGUACAGUUGAAGGCAGCAUUGCAAUAAUUGACAUUAGGCAAACAGAAACUCCGUUAUGCGAGUCGGUCGAAUGUGAUAGAGGUGUACACAAGCUGCUAUUUAAUCCAACUCCAGAGAGGAAAGAACAGUUAGCAUGCUGUUUUGAUAACACAUUGGUAAAAGUACUUGAUACCCAAAAAGAAUUGAUGAAGAUAUACGAAGAUAAUAAUCAUCACGAUUUUGUACGAGGACUCGCAUGGUGUAAAGACGAUUUAUAUUCGUGUUCUUGGGACGCAAAUGUGCUCAAACAUAUAGUAAAUGAAUAUAUAGCUUUUCAAGGACGAUAAUUCAAGUUAGACAAUAGUAAUUAUGAUUUUGUACGAGGAUUUGUGCGACACAGACGAUUUAUACAUGUUUUUGGGACGCAAAUAAACAUAUUAAUUGAAUAUGUAGCUUUCU